UGAGCAAGCAGACCAGGGGGUCAGUGAGGGGACGGAUGGUGAGACGGAGCGGGUUUGCGGGCUGAUUGCGGGAACUGAGCGGACACAGCCGGAGGCGGAACCUGUCGGUGUUUGGAACCACUCCGCGUUUCCUCGCCGGUCACCUGAGUGACUCCCUCCAAGCCCGGAGAUGGGAGCCGGCAUCUCGGCGCAGGAACCCGGCCAUCCCAGCCCAGCCGGCAACCCGAGUGAGGAGGAGAAAAACCGGCAGGAGGCGAGCGAUCAGGAGAGGCAGCACACUGACGGGCCGGAUAGCAGGCCUGUUCAGAAGAAUGGCCAGAUUUCAGGAAUCCAUGGAAAUUCUGAGGACCAAGAGGUGCUCCAUGGAAAAUUGGAACAGCUGAAUGGGCUCCAGGAGGAAGCCAUUCCUGGCGAAGUUGAACCAACGAGUAUAUCCCGAGAGGAAGAGCUGGGGGAAAUGGAGCUUGGACAGAAGGAGACUCCCACUGAGACUAAAGAUGAGGAGCAGAAAGAUUUCCAAGAAGUCACCGAUCCUCUUGCAGAAAUUGGAGAGGAGGCACAAGCUGGUGAGAUUGGCUUUAAGAAGGUCUUCAAGUUUGUGGGCUGUAAGCUCACAGUGAAGAAAGAGAAGCCAGUGAAGUUGGAGCCUGUGCAGUUGCUGACUGUGAAAAAUGAUGAAGAUGGUGAGGUGGACAGUGAAUCCAAACAAGAAAUGGAAGGAAGCAAAAAUGGUGAAGUGAAUCCAGCUGCUGAUGAGGCAGACAGAAGUCCACCUGAAGUUCUUUCCCCUGGAAAAAUGGAAGAAUCCAUUGGCCAGGCAGAACCAAAACCAGCUGCAGCUGAGGAGCCAUUGGUGCAGGUAGAGUCUGCAACCAGUCCAGUAGAAAGCCCUGCUGUGGAUUCUCCACUGAAGAGAUUUUUCAGACAAGGCUUUUUCUCGGUAUUGCGAAGGAAGCCAAGUUUUAAGAAGGCUAAAGAUGAGCCGCUUGUCAUCGGUGAAGAGAGUGAAGUAAAUGGAGAGCAGAAAGAAAAUGGGGAGCAGAUCAUUGCCCUUGGAGUUGUUAAAGGUGAGGAAGGUGACCAUGGAGCUAAAACUCAAAAGGAGGCUUCCACUUCACAAGAAGCUGCUGAAAUCUUGGAUGUUCAGACAAUUGAAAAGAGCGAGAGAGAUGACGACUUUGAGGAUCUCACGGCAGAACUAGCCAGCGUUAGGGAGGCAAAAGAGGCACCAACCAUAGAUGAAGGAGAAGAUGGUGUCUCUGCAAAACAAGACCAGUUGCGGGGACCUGAGUUGAGGUUGACUGCCACAGCAUUGGAGACGGAUCAGGCGAACCAGCUGACGACGAGGGCUGAGCAAAGCGCGUUAGCUGGAGGACAAUCUGUCUCCAUUGAAGCUGCAGAAGAGCUUCGAGCUGAACACGCUGAUAUAGCCCAGGAGCAAUCUUCACUCAAGGCCUUGGAACCUAUAAUGGGUGAGGCAGAGCUCUUGUCUUCACAAGAAAAGGCAAAGUUGCAAGGCAGCCCACUGAAGAAACUCUUCACGGGUAGUAGUAUCAAAAAGCUGUCUGGUAAAAAAACAAAAGCCAAAAAAGGGGAAACCAAUCUGGGAGAUGCUGGUGACGAUGUGCGUUUGCAGUCUUCAACUGAAUCUGAAGGCAGCCCUGAAGGCCAGAAGCCAGAUACUCCUUUAACUUCCCCAGAAGAAAUGGGUGAGAAGAUCCCGGUUGAGACGGUAGAAAUGCCUGAUGUGCAUCCAGAGGCGGAAGGAGUAAAUGGUGCUGCCAAUGGAGAGACCAAGAAGGAAAGCAUCACUGCAUGGGCUUCGUUUAAAAAGUUAGUGACGUCAAAAAAACGUUCCAAAGUACCAUCUGAGAGUGACAAAGAAGAUGAACCAAUCGAUAAAGCGAAGAGUGCAACAAUCUCUUCCAAUGAGAGUGCUGCCUCAGUCGAUAAUGAAGAAGCUAAAUCAGUUGCUGAGGAGCAAAGUUUAGAACAAAGCACUGAGGAUCCUAAAAAGAAAGCUGAUGCUCCUGUAUCCUGGGAAGCAUUAAUCUGUGUCGGAUCUUCGAAAAAAAGGGCGAGAAAGCUGUCCGAUUCAGAGGCCCCAAAACUAAAUGAAGAGGCCCAAAAGCUGACUGAGGAUAGCAGUCAAGUACAAGAUGGUGCUGAGGAAUUAAAGGCUAGCAGUCUGCAAGAUACUGAUCAGGAACAAGGUGGAGCAUCUCCAGAAGGUGUUGCGAGUCCUGUGGAAGGUGAAGUGUCUGGUGUUGCCUCCACAUGGGAAUCUUUUAAGAGGUUGGUGACCUCGAGGCGCAAGUCCAAAUCCAAGCUUGAAGAACGUGUGGAUGAAUCUGUGACCUCCCCUGAAGCUGUUCUUCCUGAGACUGAAUCUGCCAAGGAGGAGUCAUGGGCUUCUUUCAAAAAACUGAUACCCGGCCGAAGAAAGAAGAGGUCAGAUGCUAAACCAGAGCAGUCUCUGGCUGAGGGCGUUGGAAAAGAGACCAACUGGACAGAGUUUGGAGUGAGCAAGAGCGAUGAAGAGUCUGAUACACCAGCAGUGGUUCCUCUCUCUGAAUAUGAUGCUAUAGAAGAAGAGAGACUGACUAAGGAGCAGCAGAUAACAGUAGCAGCUGACUCAGUUUACAUGGGUGAAGUUCCAAUCACAUCUGAAGCUCCACUUGAAACUAGAGAACUAAGUACUGAGCAAACCGUUACAGUGGAACGGGGACCAUUAGAAGCCAUCAAAAGCAGCAUUGAUGAAAGAUCUCCAUCGUGGAUAUCAGCAGCAGUUUCAGACGCCAUUGUGAAGGAUGUUGAAGAUGAAAAGAUAGUUGAAGGAACCGUGGCUGCAAAUAAACUUGUAAAGGAACCGAUGGUGCAUGGCGAUAUAACCCCAUCAGCGGAUGUGACUGGUGAAACCUAUCCUGUUGAGAUUGCUGAAGAGGCACAAGAGAUUACCUCUGAGGUGGUGAUGGCACCAGAGUACCCAGCCGAGGAAUCAUUAACAGAGGAGACGACCGAGAUGGUUUCAGCAGUCUCACAGCUGACUGAGACACCGGUGACGACUGCAGAGGGCACUCCUAUACGUGAGGAUGAAGCCCUAGUCAACAAGCAAACCCAGGAAGUGCUGCAGGAAGCUGCUGAAAAGGUGAAGCUCUCAGCAAGUCCAGGCGUGUCCUUCUGCAAAAUGGUGGCUGCAUCAGAGAUGCAGGAGCCUGAAAUUUCCAUGGAAAAAAUCCAGGAUGAAGUGGUCAAAGUCUCGUGUGAAAUAGAGGUGCCCGAGUCUGCCCAGAAGGGAGAAACUGAAACAUCGGACACUGCCUCCGAGGCCUCUGAAGUAACUCGAGGGGCUAGCCAGGCGGCAACUGUAGAAAGUGAAGAGGUGCAGCAGGAACUUGGUGAAAUGGUUGAGCAAACAACGAUUGAAAUGCAAGAGGUUUCAGUUGCCUGGAGCAUCCAGCCUGAAACCACUCCUCCAAUAGAGAGCACUGCUGCUCACCUAGAGAUUACAGCUGAGGUGGUUCAGGAUGUAGAGGUUAAUGCAGCACACGUGGUUGAAUGUGGCAUUUUGCGAGACGAAAAGAUUAAAGGGCCUGUGGGGAUGCUGCACAAAACUGAUGACGUUUUAGUGAAAGAGAAUGUGAUAGCUGAGAUUGAAACUGGAAAGUCAGAAGCUGUGGUAAACAAGCUGGGGACAGAAAAAGUGGAGCGUGUACUUGAAGGGACCUUGGAAGCCAGUCGAGCAGAAGAUGUGGCAAAACCCGAGGCUACAUGUGAAGAGCCCACUGAAGCUAUUAGAGCAAGCUGUAUGGAAAAGAUUCUGACAGAAUAUGAGGAGACUACUGAAGCUGCUCCUACAGAAGCUGCUGAGAAGAUGGGAGCAGAGGAAGUUGCUGAAUGCAGAGAAGCCACUGAAGUAAUUCCAGCAGAAAUCGCUGAGAAUGUUGAAGCAGUAUUGGAACAGACGGGUGAAGCAAUUCCAGAAGUUGUUCAUCGGAUGAAAGUGGGAAAAGCUGAGGCUGUUUUUGAAGAGACUACUGGAGAUUCUCAAGAGAUUGGGGAGGUGGGAGCAGAAAAGGCUGUGGGCAUAUGCAGAGAGGCUCUAGUAAGUGUGAAAAACAUUGAGGCGGUAUGUGAACAGAGCACUGAAAUCAUUCCAGCAACGAUGGAAGUGAAUGUGACUGAAACUGUGUGUAAUGAAGAGACUGUGCAAAUCACUCCAGUUGUGGAAACGACUGAGGCCGUACUUGGUGAAGAGACCAUUGAAAUCAUUCCAGUAGUGAUGGGGACUGAGGUGUGUAGUGAAGAGACUGUCAACAUCACCCCAGUUGUAGAAGCGACUGAGGCUGUACUUGGUGAAGAGACCAUUGAAAUCACUCCAGUAGUGACGGUGACUGAGGUGUGUAGUGAAGAGACUGUCAACAUCACCCCAGUUGUAGAAACGAUUGAGGCUGUACUUGGUGAAGAGACCAUUGAAAUCACUCCAGUAGUGAUGGUGACCAAGGUAUGCAGUGAAGAAACUGUCAACGUCACCCCAGUUGUAGAAACAACUGAGGCUCUACUUGGUGAAGAGACCAUUGAAAUCACUCCAGUAGUGACAGUGACCAAGGUAUGUAGUGAAGAAACUGUCAUCACCCCUGAUGUAGAAACGACUGAGGCUGUACUUGAAGAGACCAUUGAAAUUACUCCAGUAUUGACGGUGACUGAGGUGUGUAGUGAAGAGACUGUCAACAUCACCCCUGUUGUAGAAACGACUGAGGCUGUACUUGAAGAGACCAUUGAAAUCACUCCAGUAGUGAUGGUGACCAAGGUAUGUAGUGAAGAAACUGUCAACAUCACCCCAGUUGUGGCAAUGACUGAGGCUAUACUUAGUGAAGAGGAUGUGCAGAUCACUCCAGUAGUGGAAGUGACCGAGGUGCUACAUAGUGAAGCACCCAAUAAAAACACUCCCAUUGUGGAAGCGAUGGGGGUUGCGUGCAGGGAAAAGGCCAUCGAAAGCAGUCCAGUGGUGGUGACUGAGAUUGUGUGUAGUGAAGAUACCACUGGAGUAAUUUCAGUGGGAGUGAUGGAGGCUGUAGAAAGUGAAGAGAUUGUCAAAAGCAGUGCAGUUGUGGAAGUGAUGGAGGUUGUGUGUGAAGACGCCGGUGCUAUGGUGGCGGUGGCAGAGGCUGGACGUAAUGAAGAGAUCACUGAAAUCAGUCUAGCUGUGGAAGUGAUUAACGACAGUCCAGUUGUGGAAGAGACGGAGGCUGUAUGUAGUCAAGAGACCAUUGAUGCCAGUCCAGUUGUGGAGGUGAUGGCUGUACACAGUCAAGAGGCCAUUGAUGCCAGCCCAGCUGUGGAGGUGAUGGCUGUACACAGUCAGGAGGCCACUGAUGCCAGUCCAGUUGUGGAGGAGAUGGAGCCUACACGCGGUCAAGAGGCCAUUUAUGUCAGUCCAGUUGUAGAGGAGAUGGCUGUAUGCAGUCAAGAGGCCAUUGAUGUCAGUUCAGAUGUGGAGGUGACAGAAGCUGUAGGUGGUCAAGAGGUCACUGAAAUCUGUCCAACAGUGGAGACUGUAUGUAGUGAGGAGACCAUUGAUAUUGGCCUAGUGAAGGUGGGAAUGGAAGAGAGCAAGUCUGUACCUGAAGAAAAAAGUUGUCUUGUGAUUAUAAAACAGGGAGAAAUUGAAAGAAUUGAAAAAGAUGUACAUGUGAUAGCAACAGACAAUGAUAAAAUAGCACAAGAGCAGUUCAGUGCAGUCCAGAUUAUGCAAGAGAUGGCUGAAGUCAAAAAGUAUGUGGAAGCUGAAGCUGAGAAUAUGGAAACUGAAAUGAAUGAGGUAGUGUAUGAAGAGAUCACUAAAACCCUGGAAAGAAUAGAUGAGCAGAAAACAAAAGAACAAGUAGUUGAAUCAUUGAUUCCAGCAAUGGCAAUUAUACAGCAAGACCUAAGCAUUAUAGAACUAUCCAAAGAAACAAUUCAGGAUGUUGCUAUGCCAACUGAGAACACAGAGGGACAAGUAGAUACUGUUUCUACUGAACAGGAUAAAGAUGAUGACCAAAUGCAUAAAUAUGAUAAAGAAAAGAUGCCAGGGCUACAAAAGGUCACAGCAACAGAAGAAAAAGGUGAUGAAGUCGUUGGCCAAACAGUGCAAACCCAAGAAAGCAAGGACACUGAAGCUUUAGAGCAAGAGGUGGUGGUGGUGAUGCAGUCAACCAAAGUGGUGUUUGAGGAUGAUCAGAAACCAGUUGAAACUGAAGCUGAUGCAUCAGUGGGAGCUGAGAAAGAAAGGAAAUUGCUGUCUGACCACGUUUCUGAAGAGUCUGCAAUGUUGCCCGAUGUAGCCAAAAUGACUGAAGUAGAAUGCUGCCAAUCAUUAGAGAGGCCUGAAGGAACAUGCCUGUCUCUAGAACUCACUGAGGGAAAAGGCCAACCUAUAAAAACCCAGCCACCGGCUGAAGAAAAAACAUCAGUACAAGAUGUCCCAGCCAGAAUGAUAUCUCCUAUCGAGGAGAACCUAACUCAAGGAGUUGCAAAUGAGAAGCUGGAAGGUGACGCAACAGAAUCCAUUGGUCAUGAGGAUGAUAAAGAGACAGAUCAAAAUAAGGUGAUUGAGGCAGUUGAAAAGCAAGAAAGUCAAGAAGUGCAGAUUAGGCACCAAAUGGAUCAAUCUACUUUAGAAUGUGCAAAAGAUGCAGCAGAGAAGACACCAUCCUGAGAGCUCCAAACAAACACUCGUGAAAAACAAUGUGAAGGCGACAAGGCUGUAGGAAUAUCGCACAACUCUACUGUGACAAGACCAAGUACCACUGUUGUGUCCUGUUGAUUGACAAUCCCGAAUCAGUUCGAGAGCUAUAUCUACACUGUUAUAGUUAUUUAACUUAAUAGUUUCUUGCUUUUAGCCUGAUGAUAAAUAUUGUUGAACCAAUGCCCUUUCCUGCUUUCUUCAGGUUGUGUAUGCAGAAAGGUGGUACCUGAAUGUUCGAGGAAGAGGUUGGGGUAUUUGUUCACGGAACUAAAGAUUCUCCCUGUAUCAUAUUGUUAUUUUAAUGUGAAAUGUAAUUCUGAGAAUAUCCUAAAUGCAAGAGAAUCCUUUUCCGUAAGGUUAUCACUGUGACUGUGGAUAGAGGAGAAUUGGAUUGAGAUAUCAAAGUUUACUAUAGCUGUCCAGGGCCUGAUUUUUGAUGUUCGAUUAAAGUAUUCAUGAGGUGACAGUUUAAACCUAGAACAAUCUAGUACAAAAGAAGUCCAUACAAAUUUGUAAAUUCUCAUCAUGCAGCUACUACAAGCUACCACCUAUGAUGAUAUUUCAUCAUUUAAUUUGCAUGGCUGAAGCUGCCACCUUGGAUACAGAAUCAAAUGGACCUCACCGAGGUGACUAUCGAAGUGUGCUCAAAAGGUGCUGGCAAAACUGACCUUUUGAAUGAAUGACUUGAGGUUAAAAUACCUUAUGGGAUUAAAAAUAAUUUUAAUGCAUUUUCAGCGUUGUUGAACCUGUAAGUGUAACUAAACGGAAGCCCUGGUUAAGCUAGGGGUGUUCCAGAGAAUGAAAUGUAAUAAUCAUUUGGCUAAUUGCUUUUGAUUGUUGGGAAACUGAGGUCAGAUUGCUAAAACUCAUUGACUGAGGGAGUUGUAUGUUAGAGGAGGCCAGGCUCGCUGGGAAGCCUGUUUAUCUGUGAAAAAGAUGCAUUAAAUUGGAUUACUAGUCAAGGUUUGUUUGGACUUUCAUAACAACCUCCAAGAUGUGCCUUGGUAUUGUGUACAAUUAAUGCUCAACAUAUCAUUGUAAUGUUCCUGUUUAGAUGUUUCCUUUUGGUCUAUUUGUGACUCUUCUCACCACCCCACCAUGUUUCCUACAAAAUAAAUAGCAUUAAAGCAAUGUUGAAACUGAUUGUUCAGGUUAGUUAGACCUGUCCAGCACAUUUACCUCCCCCUCUCCAUUAAUAAACCAACACCUAGCCUGUAACACUGUCGCUGUACAGUUCCUGUCUUGUGUUAAUGUAGUUUACAGUAAAUGGUCAGGUUAACAAACAGUAACUACUGUACACUGAUUUACCGCAUGUAUUUAACUAGAGCAGAAUCUAUGACUGAGUCCACUGCUGCUCUCAUUAACACUGCUGUGCUUUUAUAACUGAAUGUGGAAUUGACAUUUGUACAAAUUGUAUUACCUGUGUAUCUAUAAAGCCAUAUUGGAAUAAUUAAAACACAACUUCUACAAAUAAAGUAAUAUUAGCAUUAA